GUAAACUAAAAAUACGAACCUUUUUUUUGUAAACAAAAGUUUAAAUACAAUCGCAGUUACACAUUGUAGCACACUGAAAUAAAGAUGGAACUUCUGCCUAGCAGUCACACAGAAUUUAACAAACCUGAUUACUGGGAGAGUUUCUUUAAAAAGAGAGGAAAGAUACCAUUUGAAUGGUAUGGUGAGUACCCCCAGCUGCACACAGUGAUCCACAAGUACAUCACCCCAUCCAACUCAGUCCUGGUUGUUGGGUGUGGAAACUCAGUGCUUAGUGAAAAUAUGUAUGACAACGGCCUGCAGAAUCUGACCAACAUUGACAUCAGCGAGGUUGUCAUCAGGCAAAUGACAGAAAGAAAUAAACAAAAAAGGCCAAAUAUGACAUUUGAGAAAGUGGAUGUUACUCAGAUGAACUACCCAGACGGUCAUUUCCAUGUUGUGCUGGACAAAGGCACGUUGGACGCUCUGCUGGUCAACGAGGAGAGUCAGGUAGUUGACAACGUCCACUUGAUGUUUGCCCAGGUGGCCAGGUGUUUAAAACUGGGGGGUCGCUACAUUGUCAUCUCCCUGCUACAAGAUCACAUCCAGAGAAUAUUCAUGGAAUAUUUCUCUAAGCUUGGAUGGCCAGUUAGGAUUCACAGAAUUUACACAGAAGCUUCAGAUUCUGAAAAACACAAGUCCCUGUCUAUGCCAGUUUUUGCUGUGGUGGUGACCAAACUCAAGCCAUUACCAAAUAUGACACAGAUAGUUGAAGUGUGUAGGUAUGAAGAUAGGAUCGAUCGCCUUGAGGACAUCAAAUUUCUGUCAGCAAUAGUCAAAGACAUGCAGUAUUACCACAUGGUUAGACAUCAGUUAAAACAGCACUUACCAGGUGAUUGUCAGGUCUCACUGGAGCUCCACUCCCGAGAUUCAGCAACGCCACGCUAUAACUUGACUGUGGUAGAUUCCCCUCAACCUCAAGAAAAUAAAUUUGCCAUUUUCAUUGUGCCACAGGGGAGGGAGACGGAAUGGCUGUUUUCAACAGAUAAAGGGAGGCUACACCUCCUGGAAAGUUCUGGGUUUCAGCGGUUGGUUGUGGUUACACUUAACAGGGGCCAUGAGUAUGAAAAUUUAGAUGCCAUCAAAGCGGAACUGUCCAACAAAGUAAUGGAACUGGCACCUGCGCACUGCCCUCGUAGAUCGCAGAUUCCAUUCCUUUCAAUUGGUGAGGAUCUUGGCAAAAGGUACCCAGUGACCCAAGGUCAGAGUGAGAUCAGUGGGGAGUACCUUGUGGAGGAUAUUGAAAUGAAUGGGGGACAGCUGUUUAGGAGGCUGGUCUUUGCGCAAAAUAAAAAUGUUGUACAGUCUGAGGCUCGAUUAACAGAAGUACGUAAAAAAAAGAAAAGGAGACAGCAACAAGCAAGGGAAGGUCCACCUGGUAAAGUCAAGGUGGACAAGGGCUAUUUGUCCAGUGAUUAUCUUAUAGCAAUGGUUGGAGGAUUUGGUUUACUUCCUGUCUUAGAUAGACCCACAGUUGGUGUUUUAGUUGGCCUUGGAGGUGGUGUGUUCCCAAGUUUUGUCCAUGAUACCUUCCCACUGGUGACCUUAGAAACGGUUGAACUGGAUCCCACUGUGGUGGACAUUGCCCAGCAGUGGUUUGACCUCACACCAGAUGAGAGACUCAAACUUCACAUUGCUGAUGGACUGGAGUUUAUAAGGCAACUUGUUGCUUCAGGGGAGAAAAGAAACUUUGUUCUUUUGGAUGUAGACAGUAAAGAUCACACUGUAGGAUUGAGUUGUCCCCCCAUCGCUUUUGUUGAACAAGAAUUUUUAAACACCAUUUCAAAGUUACUUUUAGAUGAUGGUGUUUUCAUGCUGAAUCUGGCAAGCAGAGAUGAAACAAUCAAGCAGGACAUCAUUCGUCGCAUCCAGUCCGUGUUUCCCUCGUGUGCUUGCGUACACCUAGAGGAAGACAUCAACACAAUUGUUUACGCCAGCAACAGCCCGGUCACAGAUUCAGACGUCCUGCUGGAGUCACUCACACCUGUGUUUAGAAAGAUGGAUGCGGCCAUCUUGUCUGUGUGGAAAGAUACCAAUGUACAGGUGGAGGAUGCUAUGUCGGCUUUAAAAUUUCUUGACUGAUGAACUUUUUUUUUUAUUAGUGUUGAGAUGCAGAGUUCAUGUAAAAUUAUGAAACAAUU